AUGUUAUCUUUGAGGGCAGCGACUUACAUGUCUAAAUACUGUUUCAGCCAGUUCAGAAUGGGUGGUCCAAUCAGGAUGUCUAAAGUAUCUGGCUACCAAGGAAGAACAAAUGAUAUUGUUUACAUGGAACCGUAUAACCGUGAAGAUAGCAAUUCGGUAGUUGUCUUUUUUGGAGGUGAUGUCCAGGAUUUUCCCGAAAACAUGGCAACCCAUCGGGACAAUAAGCAGUACAUCAAAUGGAACUUGGAAAACACCGCCGUGAUCCUGCAGUCUCACUUCCAGCAUGAGCACAUAGUCGUAGUUCGCCCCUCGAGAUUAGCUUCCCAUAAGCUUGCAACGUUUAUGGAGUUUCUUUCGCCAGAUCAGGAGCAAAGAAGAAUGGAAUUCAAAGUGUUCGCCUGCUAUGAUAAUUUUGUGCCUUCUAACAAUACCGGAGCCCCAGAACAUACCCCAAUGCACUACGCAUUACACCACUUGGAACGACUUCUCCAAAGCAUCGCCACCAACCUUAAAGAAAAGGAUGAAGAAGAGAAGAGAGACUUGAAGAAGGGAGAAGUGAAGCUGAUAGGUUUCAGCAAGGGCUGCGUCGUCCUCAACCAGUUCCUCUACGAGUUCCACUACCUGAAGACCCUCACGCCGGACGACGAGUCUCUCUCCCCUCUCGUCGCCCGGAUCACUGACAUGUACUGGUUGGACGGGGGUCACUCUGGUGGCAAGAACACUUGGAUCACAUCAAAGGGUCUCUUGGGAACUCUUGCUCGAUUAGGAAUUAGGGUCCACGUUCAUGUCACGCCUUACCAGAUCUGUGAUGACAGAAGGCCAUGGAUCAGGAAGGAAGAAAAGGCAUUCUCUGAUUGGUUAAGGAAGUUGGGUUCUCCGGUGAAACGGAUGGUCCAUUUUGAAAACAGUAUUCCCAGCCUAAGCAUCCAUUUCGACGUCAUCGAUGCUGCGUUUAACUUCAGCGAGGGUGUCACUUAA